AUGCAGAGCACGGUGAUCCACAGAGGUCCCCUGGGCACGGCGCGCACAGGUCUGGGCAGCAUCAGCGCCCACGCGCUCUUCUCAGGGGCGCCAGGCGCGUCCCUGCAGCCCUACUCCUUCUCGCACAAGUCCUUCUUCCCGCUCUCCGACGGCCACAAGCAGCUCGUGCAGCAGCUCAGGGCCUGGGCGCACGGCUUCCCCUUCCUCAUCCGCCCACCCACAGCACCGGAGCCGUUGCUCACAAUCAGCAGCAUCGAUGCAGACAUUGCCUUUGACCUCUGCGUGCAGGAUGGUGGUGCUCUUUGUCUGGGACGGCACCGACCUCCCUCUCCCGUCACUUUCCGCGAGGUGUUCUUUUCAGCAACAGCGGAGGAGUUGCGCAAGGAUGCAGGGGUGUCUGCGAGAGCAGCUGCAAGCAUGGCUAUGCUGUUGGGUGUGCCCAGAGACCACGGGCAGGAUACAGAAUUUGACUUUGGACAGCAAGCGCAUGCAGGGAUUGAACGGGAUGCGGUGCAUGAGAAUGAAGAUGCACGGGUGGAAAGGGAAGCACGUAAUCCGCCGUCGAUUGACUGCUCGAUGGCGCCGCGCGUGCUUGGCCUGCUGGCUUUGAUCGCGAUCUCGGUGGUGGGAUGCGUCGCAUUCUCGGAGGAGCGACCGACGGAUCAACGCAUCCUCGUGCUGCUGGACGACCUCAAGAAUAAGGACUCCUACUCCAUCUUCUUUAAGAACCUCGCAGAUCGCGGGUACGAAUUGGAUUUGCGCGCGGCGAGGGAUUCGAGUCUCGUGCUGCAGAAGUACGGCGAGUACCUCUACGACGCCGCCAUCAUCCUCGCGCCCAAAGUCUCUUCGUUCGGCGGCGUGGUGGACGUGGCGGCGAUCCUUGACUUCGUGGACUCGGGCCACGACCUCAUCCUCGCGGCGGACAGCGGCGCGUCCGACACCAUCCGCGAUAUCGCGCUCGAAUGCGGCGUGGACCUCGACGAGAACCCCAAGGGAGUGGUGAUCGACCACCAGCAGUACGCGCGGGUGAGCGGGCGCAGGGACGACCACACGCUCGUGCUGGGCAGCAACCUCAUCAACUCCUCCGUCAUCCUCGGCGCCGCUCCCAUCACGGGCCCCGUUCUCUUCCAGGGGAUUGCCAUGACAGUCUCGCCCACGUCCGAGCUGGUGGUGCCGGUGCUCUCAGGCUCCCCCACGGCCUACGCGGCGGACCCAGCAGCGGCUCUCAAGGAGCCCCCCGCGCUGCAGGGCAAGGCGGUCUCGCUGGUGGCGGCCAUGCAGGCGCGCAACAACGCGCGCGUCCUCAUCUCCGGCUCCCUCGCGCUCUUCACUGACAGUUUCUUCCGCGCAGUGGUGGACGUGUCUGCCACCUCUGCCGACCCCGCCUCACGAAACGCCAAGACCUCCCAGUGGCUGUCGCCGGCCGGCAAUGAGCAGUUCGUCACGGAGCUCUCCAAGUGGACCUUCCACGAAAGGGGGCACCUCAAGGCUGUGAACCUGCGGCACAACAAGGCUGGUGAGAGCACGGAGCCGGCAGUCUACCGUGUCUCUGACCACCUGGAGUUCGCGGUGGACAUCUAUGAGUGGGCGGGCAGCGAGUGGGUGCCAUUCAAGGGCGACGACGUGCAAGUUCAGUUCUACAUGAUGAGCCCCUACGUGCUCAAGACGCUCUCGCACGAUGACAAGGGUCGCUUCUUCACAUCCUUCCAGGUGCCGGACGUGUACGGGGUGUUUCAGUUCAAGGUGGAGCACAAGCGCCUUGGCUACUCCACCAUCUCGCUCGCCAAGCAGAUCCCAGUGCGCCCCUUCCGCCACGACGAGUUUGAGCGCUUCAUCCCGGCCGCCUUCCCCUACUACGCCUCCACCUUCUCCAUGAUGAUAGCGUUCUUUGUCAUUGGCUUUGUCUUCCUCUACCACAAGUAA